GUGCCCAGUGUUCCAAGGGGCGUGGCGAACGCUGAAAGACUCGUCGGGGGCGGGGCUUCUUUCCCGGUGUUGCCGAAACAGAAGCAAUAGAAGGAGCAAACAGUCGAGCAGCCAGAAAGCAGCUACCAUGACUAUCUGCUGUCUGAAUAUAAUAUGCAUGUAGCUACUUUUCAGUAACACUCAUCGUUAUUGCUGCAAUCUUUCAACUUCUGCACUGAGAUUAAAGUGUAAUGGUCUAAUGGAGCUGAACAGAGAUGAGGUCCCUGUUUAUGGUCAGGUGGAAGUGUGUGCAGUGCUGCAGGAUACACAGUCUAUUCAGGAAAAGGCUGAGUACUAUGUGUUAUUAAAAGGCUCGCAUAUCCACCAUGUCACCAAAGCUCAGAGGAAGGAGAAGUGCCAUUUACUGAGCUUCAUCAUACCUGGUCACAAUGUUGCAGAAAAGGUCUCGGUGUGGUUGUACUCCUGGGAAGAUGGCAGCAGAUGCAGUCAACCAACCCCGAUGUCAGAGGAACUCUCAUUGGAGUACAAAUGGGACACUGUUCAGGAAGUGGCUGAUCUGCUCAUAUCUGACCCUGAUAACCUUACUUCCAGCAUGCAUGUGGACAUCCAGAGGAAAUUUUGUCUAGUAGAGAGUAUCCAGCCAGGGCAGAACAGUUUAGAUGUGAAUGAACAGCAUGGGACCUCAAGACUAGAUGAAAAUUUAGGACUUGACCAAAGACUUAAGCUAAAAACUGAAUCAGGGAACCACAAUCCAGAAGAAAAUCCUGAAUGCUGGGAGCCUGAUCCUGGUGGAUGCAAACUGGAGCCAUGUAGUGCAAUUGAUGUGAAAAUCACACAGGCAGUUUCAAACAUGUACUCUCUUCUGGAGUGGAACAACCACAAGACACAGGAAUCACAAGCUCCCCGCCAAAUGGAGACACCUUUGCACAUAGCUGUGCGUUUGGGUUUGUAUCACCUCACCCUCUUCUAUCUUCAUCAGUCUGGGGGUCAGGAGAUGGCAACACUGCCCAAUGAGGAAGGACACACUCCUACUGAACUGGCCCAAAGUAGAGGCCAUGCAGCAACCAUAAGUGCAUUAGCUAACCUUUCAGCUUGUAGCGAGGAGAGCCCAGUGUGGAUGUCACAAAUCUGGGCUGAUGAAUCACACCUUCUCAGAUUGUGCCCGCUAACCACUUCCUUCAUCCUGACAGUCAAAAACAGAAUUAAUUUUGAUCCACAGAGGAGCAUCCAACUCUAUAGGGAAAAACACAGAUAUCUAGAAAGCCACAUGCAGGAGGUUGUACUCACUGAGGUGGAAGGGAAAAGCAGACAGAACCAGACAGAUGACACAAGUGAAGGAGAUCUCACAAGCUGGACAAACGUAGAGGAUUGUGUUCUGCUGGAGAGUGUUUUUGAAGAACAGCUUGUCCUUUCUCUGGAUGAAGACGAAGAGAAUCCCACCACAUAUAAUUCAGAGAAAUCGUGUUCCCCUCCAGGUUUCAGCUCUCCAUUCCAGCUUCAGUCUACAGACAUCACUUCUGCCAGACUCACAGCCAUGCUCAACCGCACCGGCAAGAAUGAUGACCAUAGGAAAUACAACAUUGCCACAGUACCAAAUAACAGCUCUGCCACUGACCCGCAACCUGCUGUCAAGGUUGAAGGGACGAGAGAGCAACGCCCAUUCUCUCAUCCUUUCUCGCCAUCUUUCACUCAGUUCUCCACCACAUCUUCAGCAGGACUGGUCUUGGACCGGUUUCUUCGUGGCAGCAGCCACAGUGAACACAACAAUCACAGUGCAAGUUCACCUCCAGAAUCAUAUGAAAUUAGCCCAAAUCUCGUGGCCUUGGAAAUGGACAGUGAAGAGGAGGAUGAUGACUUACUUAUGAAGAAGCCCCUCCCUCAGAUAUCAUCUGAAAAUAAGGACAACGGAGAUAAACAGGACCGCUUUAAUCCAUCCUCGGGCCUCAGCUGCACUCGCUGUCACUCUGCUUCCUCUGACUGUAACCAUGCCUCCCAAAAGGACCCUGCAGAUCAGGGAGUGCGUCUCCGUUCAUAUUCUUAUUCGUCACCCAAAAUCAGCCUGCUGUCCCCCCGCUCCAGCCGAGACACCCCCCGUCCUCCUGCUGACCUCAGCCACGAUGGCGUCUUCACCAACAACAGCAAUGGCAGCAGAUCUCUCCUACAGGCUCUGUCUCUGUCUAAAUCUCUGUCUCUGCUCAAUCCUGUUAAACAGCGAGCACUGAGCUUAACUGAGCAACCGCAAGAGAAAAGGGAGUUAAGGUUCCGUAGACGCACUCAGUCAGCUGAUGACGAGUCCAGCGUUGAGCUGGCUGAUUCGCUCCAACACCUCACGCUCUCCGAAUUCCUCAAAGAAAUUGAAGAAGAGGGAUGGGAUAAAUACAUUAUUCCUUCCAAGACUGAGCCUGAGAAAUACAAAGUCAGCCGCACCUUCAGUUUCAUUAAAAGCCGAAUGUACAGUACACGCAGCAAGAAGGGAAAAGCGAAGGAGAAGGAAGUGAAAGAAAAACAGGGCAACGGACACCAAUUUGCAGCAGGUCCUAUUCUGGGGACUUCGGUUUGUGAGGUGUGUGACAAACCUGUUUCAGGGAAGGAAACUCUGCACUGCACCAAUUGUGCUGUGUGCAUCCAUAAGGGUUGUAAAGAUUCUGCUGCACAGUGCCUCAAGAAAGUGCAGGACAAAUACGCAGUUUCUAGGAUGAAGGCCAGAGCAGCCACGCUUCCUCAAAAUUUUGUAUUGCGUGAAAGCAUCCCGUCCUCUCAGAUAUCUACUUCAGCCUCCCUCCCUGUGGUGACUCAACGGGACAGGAGAGACACUACCCCUCUGCCAUGCCCAAUAUCAAGGAGUGUCCCCCUAGUCCCAGAGUGGUUCGAAAAUAUUCUUCCUUUUUCAUUAUCGGUCAUCAAAAAUGCCUAUAUACAGGCAGCUUUUUUAAUUUAUUUAUUUUAUUUUUAUUUUUUAAUUUGUGUGUUUUGUGCAUCCAGGCUUGCAGAGAGCCCAGAGGGAGACACUGAGUCCUCCUCCUGGAGAUCUCAUGGCCAGUCAGAGGAGCUCCUGCAGACCAUGGAAUCUUCCACUUCCACUGACUCCUCCCUCGUUGAAGAAACAGUGGACGCUCCUCUACAGAACAGUUUUGGGACGGACACUCUGUAUUUGGAGGCAGAGUCUUGGAGUCUAGCGGUGGAGACGCAGUUCUGCCAAAAGCAGGAAAAACGCACAAUCAAGAGACAGGAUGUCAUCUAUGAGCUAAUGCAGACGGAGCUACACCACCUGCAAACGUUGACCAUCAUGGCGGAGGUGUUUAGGCGAGGCAUGCGGGAGGAGGUGGGCUUGGAUGCGGAGGCUAUUGGUCGGAUUUUCCCGUGCUUGGACGAGCUCCUCGUCCUGCACCGAGACUUUCUUUCUGCUAUGACGGAGCGCCGGAAUAACUCCACGCAGCCUGACAAUGAGAAAAACUACCUCAUUCACCAUGUGGGUGAUAUCCUCCUGCAACAGUUCUCUCAGGAGAAUGCUGAGAACAUGAAGAGGGUCUAUGGGGAGUUCUGCAGCCGUCACAUUGAAGCCGUCAGCUUCUUCAAGGAGCUUCAGCAGCAGAACAAAAGAUUUCAACUCUUUAUUAAACAACAGAGCAGCAACUUACUGGUAAAGAGGCGAGAGAUCCCAGAAUGCAUUUUGUUAGUGACUCAACGAAUUACAAAGUAUCCAGUGCUUUUAGAGAGGAUACUGCAGUACACAGAAGAGGGCACGCAGGAGCAUUCAGAUAUCUCUGGCGCUCUAUCUCUGGUGCGAGAGUUGAUUUCAGCAGUGGAUUUGCGAGUGAGUGAGCGGGAGCAGAGUCAAUGGCUGAGCGAUGUGCUUGGCCGCAUGGAAAGCAAGAGCUUAGCCAGACUGAAGAGUGGUGCUGCCUUUCGUAAGCACGACAUGACCAAUGGCCGAACACUGCUUCAUCAUGGCCCGUUGCUUUGGAAGACUGCCACCGGCAGACUCAAAGAUGUGCUGGCCCUCCUGCUGACUGAUCUGCUGAUAUUCCUCCAGGAGAAGGACCAGAAAUAUAUCUUUGCUACUGUUGACCAGAAAUGUCCAGUGAUCUCCCUGCAAAAGUUGAUAGUGAGGGAGGUGGCUAAUGAGGAGAGGGGUAUGUUUCUAAUCAGUGCCUCCUCCAGUGGUCCCGAGAUGUACGAGGUGCACGCAGCGACCAAAGACGAGCGAAAAGCCUGGAUGAGGCUUAUCCGAGAAGCAGUGGAGAUUUGCCAUGAGAAGGAGGAGGUCACUGCAAGUGAGUCGGAAGAAGAGAGGAGUGCAGCAGAGGCCAAGAACCAGAGAAUUCAGAAGCUCCAAGAGUCUCUCUGUAGUCAUGAUCAGCUGAUCUGCUCCAGCCUGGAGGAGAAGCUUCACAUCUACGCUGAGCUCGCUGCCAUGGUGGGCCACAGAGACAUCAGCCCAGAACCAAAGCUGUUGGUGUGCCCCAACACAGAAGAGCUCCCUAAUGCUGCUGUUCUUCUCAAUGCUGCACUUAAAGAGGCGGAGAAUCUAAAAGAAGCACUGUCAUUUCACUGCAACUCCACCUCCCGUCCAGGUCCUCUGCCUGUGUCUGAGGAACAGAACACUUCUGACACCACCACUCAGCUUGAGGCAACUCCUCCUGCUCCAUCUCCUCCUCCACUGCCUGCUGAAGAAGAACCUCAAGCAGUGGAUGCUGUAAGGAGCGAGGAAGAGGAGUUGAGAGAAGACAGCCUUGAACUCCAGCUUCGGAAUCAGAGCAGCACAACUGACAAUCAUAAUAUGUACCUUAAGGUGUGUCAGAGCAUCCAGAGUUUGACUCAGCUGCUUUACAGUCUGCAGGCUGUAGUCACCAUCCAGGACAGCCGUUAUGAAGUGCGUCGUCUCCUUCUCCUCCUCCUCUCAAGUUCUGCCCACCAACGGAUCUCCCAGGGUUCCCUGCAGGAGCAGGAGCGUCAGCGGGAGGCAGAGCGUCGGCGACAGGAUCUGGCACGGGCGGCCCGGGAACGGCAGCGAUGGGCACGCGAGUGCCAGGCACAGCAUCUGCGUUACGAAGAGCGGGAAAGCGAGCUUGCACAGCGGGAGCAACGGUGUCAUGAGGAGGUCCAGAGACUGCAGCGCCAACGCGAGGAGCUGGAAGAGCAGCAGCAGGAGUACCAGCAGAGCCUGGAGAGGCUGAGAGAGGGACAGCGGAGUGUGGAGAGAGAGAGGGAGAGGCUGGAAAUGCAGCAGAGGAUGAUGGGAAAAUGGAGGCAUGAACGCCAACACAACCUUCCUGUUACAAGCAUCAAGCUGGAAGGUCACCAAGGGUCAGGAGAUGAAACAAAAAACUUCCAUCAUGGUCAUCAUAGUGGCUUGGAUGAAGAUGGGUCCAUUUUUGUAAAUGAAGCAGCUUUUCUGGCUCCAUCCAUGAAUAAUCGGCAUCUUCAUCACUACCAGCAUCAAUAUCAGCACAACACUCACCUACAUCCAGGCUACGUGAAUUCCCCCAGUGCCCAGAAUAGUCUGAAUUCUCUGCUGGCUUUGUCCAAUCAUACACACCCCACAAUCAGCACCCAAGAUGAGCUAUGGACUGAAGAUGUUGGUCCAGCAAUCCAUACUACCAGGACAGCAGGGGCGGUGGGUCCAGGGAUUUAUCAAGGUGAUGCCCUCUUGGUGCCGCAGGCUUUUAUUUCCAUGGAAACAGAGAACCAAGAUCCCGAUGGAGAGGAGAAAAUCGUCUAUCUCUAAGUUCAAGUCUCUUUCCUUCCAGAGCUCACACAGAUGCAAACUCAAACAGAAUUGAAACCCUUGAAGAGCAGCUGCGAAGCUACUUCAUCUUGAUUGGGAAAUUGCACUGAUGCCAUAGACACACAUAAUCAAUAGAGGGUGAAAGUUUUCCAUUCAAAUGAUUUUGAUGCAAAUUUUAUCGCCGUCUUUCAGAUAACAUUGUUUUUAAAUUUGCACUUUUACCCUACUCGUAUGUGAGUAUUCUCACUUCUGAGAUCCAGAUCAGUGCAGUUGGGACUCUCUGAUGUAUAAUCAUUAGAAAAUGGUAACACUGUUUCACACUUGCUUUGUUUUUCUGUUAUAAACAAGGUUUAACAAAACCCCAUUCACAAUUUAAUAAUGUUUAGCCACAUAGGAAUCACCAAAUCAUGUAUCACCAAAAUCUUCUCAAGUUGCCAUUUUCAUUCCUUACCAGUUUUCAGAUGGACCGUUUGAAGAAUCUCUUUAACUGUUCACUGUCCCAUGACCCAUGGGCAGCUCCGGACUCCAGUCCUACCAGCCCUGUAGAGGAACAAUAUGGAGUCGAUAUACAUACAUUCAGAGAUUUUAUUUCACUCAAAACAUUGUCCAUUUAUCUCGAGAGUAGGUUUAUUCAACACAUCUUUCAAGCGGGAAAAAUUGAGACCAGCGAUUAUAAACAUUGUGGGGGAGGCUUCCAGGGUGUCAGUUAAUGAUAUUGGAGAGUUCAGAACUGUCAAAUCAUUCCAGACUCACAACUUCUUUGGUUCAUCUACUGUUUUUUGUAGGUUAAUGCUCCUUUUGCACAUUUUUGAGUUCUAACUUAUAGCAGCAUACUCUUAUGGAAAAAGCAUUAAGGUCGGCAGACUGUCAUUCCUCAUCCUUUUCUGAUGUUUCCCUGUGCUUAGCAUAAGACAUAGCAUUUACUAAAUAAUUUGCGUCAAAAUGAAUGACUGAAUAACUAUCCGGCGUUUUAAAAGGUUAUAUCCUUGUAAUUCCCAGAUAAUCUUGUGGCAAUUUUUGAGGUGUGUGUUUGUGUGUCUGUGUGUUUUAAAGGUCUUCCCUAGGGUCAGCAUUGUUUCUUACUGCCUGAAGCCUACUGAGACAGAAUUAGGUUUCUCAAUUUCAACUUGCUUAUCUCACACACACUACAUUCUGUACUAGCUGAGGCUUACUUAAUAGUUAUUUAUUUCAAAUAGAAACUUCAUUAACAUAAUCUUUUUUUCAGUGGAUACGAAAUGAUUUGUCCUGCUUUAUUAAAGCACUCUAGUCCUGUUUCUCAGAAACCAAUGCCACUCCUCUAAAUGAGAGAGAACGAUUAUUUAUAUGAAUAUUCUGAUUGGAUGUAUUUAUAUUUAAUUUAGUCAUGCUUCAUGAUAGUUACCAGAUUUUAUAGUGUAAUUUCAACUUCAGCAUCCAUAUCCCUAUAUCAUAUAUCCUGUAUUCCUGUAGUAAAUCCUGUAACAAAACAUUUAGAUCCAGGUUUGGUGGAGAAAAUCUUCUAAUCCUCUGAGUACAAGUAGUGCAAGAGGAAAAUGCAGGUUUAUGGGUAAUUGGGAAUAACAAAUUCAAUCUUAAUUCAUAACAUGUUGGUAUUAAAAUAGCUUUUAACAACUGCAGUACUAUGCUAUGUGGUUGCAUGACAAGUCAUAGCACUCCAUAGUUUAGUUUUUCCCUACAGGUCAAUUUGCCUAAAUCCUUCAAACAUUGAUUUCUUAGAAUACCCUUGCACCAUGGUGUUUUUUUUUGUUUUGUUUUGUUUUUAAAUACAAAUGCACUGGAAACAGCACCUUGUUUUUUAUGUUUGUAAAAAGACUAUUUGGACCACACAAACUCCCAAACUGCAGUGCUCUUUACUCCAUAAGAAAUACUCAGAGUUUAUGGGCUUUCUGCAUGUCACUGGCCAUCAGCCUUUAACUUUCAGCAAUUUUACAAACUCAAGUAAAUUCAUCAUUAUAAAAAUUCAAAGUAAAGAAACAAAUUCUUUGAAUAUUGAAUAUUUGAGCUUUCGUCAAUGACCGAUUGUAUCAUGAAAGUCCUUGGAGUUUUACUGAAUUUCAGUAAAAUUUGUAAUAACAGAUCCUGUAAUUUGUCCGUACAUAUCCCAAUUCUUUUUUUUAUUCCAUUAUUUUUUUCCCACUUUAUUUGUAACUUAUAUUUAUUGUUAUUUUAUGCAUACUGUGUAGUAUGAACUCAAUAUGGUGUACAUAUGGACUGUUUUAUACAAUUGUAUGUACAAAUUACUCUUUGUAAUUUAUCACACCUUAUCAUAUUCAUUAUCAUAAUCUGUUUUAGGAAUAAUGACGUCUCAAAAAUCUUUGAAUAAAGAUGAUUAUUGCUGA